GUUUCAACGCCAUUAUUGAAAACAUUUUCUUUCUUACUGAAGGAUGAGGUGGUAUGGCUUUGUGACUUAGCUCAACGGCGAAUAAAAACACUUACGAUUGACAGUUGACGAGUGACAAUAGACAAUAGUAGAAAAUCAUGAUAUGAUGCAUAAUUCGAAUGUAAACAAUUAUUAGAAAUUUUAUUUUAUAAAUACUCAAGUAUCAAGAUUAAUCGCAGUUAGAAAAGCAGAACUAUACCCAAAUAAUAUGGGAAUAGACUUCGAUAUUCUUGAACACUGCAGAAAAGUAAGGGCUGAUCAUGGACCUCCUUAUACAUGUCCUAUUCAGAAGUGUGCAAGAUCAUAUAAAUCAGUUUGUGGAUUACAAUAUCACUUGAAAAGUUUUGAUCAUGAUAAUCCAACACCAUUACCACCAGUGACUACGAAUUCUCCAAGGAACAAAAAAGGAAGAAAUAGAUUAACGAAAGUUAAGGUACCCCCAACACAACAUGCUCCAGAACCUUUAACUUUUGAAGAAGCCCAAAAAAUGGUACAGUUUGAAGUCAAUGGAGUAGGUUGCAGGUGGAAUAUCAAUGAACCCAUAGAUGUGAUCUCAAAAGAUGAUUUUUCUGAUGAUGAAGUCACUGAAAUAAAGCUUGAAGAUCAAGUCUCGCAACCUGUUACUCAACUUCCACAAGCUAGUUACAGAGAAUUGGAAGAUUAUAAUAUAUGCGAUGCACCUUCAAGACCCAACGCAUACAUUCGAUUUAUCGAAAAAAGUACAGAAGAAUUAGAUGGAGAAGUUGAGUAUGAUGUAGAUGAAGAAGAUACUGCUUGGCUGUCUAUUAUGAAUGAAAGAAGAGAAACUGCAGGAUUAGCACCUGUUUCAGUAGAUUCUCUAGAGUUGCUUAUGGACCGUUUAGAAAAAGAGUCAUAUUUUCAGGCAUCGGUCAAUGGACAUUCUGGAUCAGUGGUUGAUGACGAUGCUGUUUGCUGCAUUUGCAUGGAUGGGGAAUGCCAAAAUACCAAUGUUAUUCUUUUUUGUGAUAUGUGUAACUUGGCUGUUCAUCAGGAUUGUUAUGGUGUACCGUACAUACCAGAGGGACAAUGGUUGUGUAGGCGGUAUGUAAAAAAUGUAAACUUAAUUAAAAUUACUAUGUGAAGGGAUUGAAAUAGUGUCCGACCGAAUGUUCGGUUUCGAUCGAGUUUCGGCAAAAAAACUGGUU